AUGGCCCAGCCAGGACAAGAAGGCGGGCCGAAGCCUGAGUCAACAACCCUUGCUGGUAGCUCUGACCUACGACACCAAGCUACUACUGCGAAAGGCAUCGGCAAACCUAAACUGCCCACUGCUACCAAAGUCAGCCCCCGUACCGACCCUAGUGCCGAACCCCAACGCCCAACUGUAUGGGACCGCCUCGAUGAUAACGUCCUCGAAAGGAUCUGCAAAGAGAUUCGACACUCUCCUAGCUGGGUACACUUCAUUUUCGAGACGGACCCUGGAUAUUCCGGGAAUCCCCUCGCUGCACAACGCCAGUCCGCGUAUACCAAUAACACCGGUUUCAGCAUAGACAAUGAGGAGCGCCCCGUGCUACGCCACAAGCCGGUGAUCAUCAGACCGGUAAACCUCGAAACCCUGAACAGAGAAGUGGAGGUGAAUAAGUCCUGGUGGGCGGCCGAGUCGAUUUGGGAAGGCCUCAGCCGUUCCGGCUUCAUCGAUGCUAUGGUCGUCCUGGCCAAAGGCAAUGUCGACGUGAUCGAUACCCACAAACCCCCAUGGUCUAAAAUCGAAGUUGCUAUAAGGGACGCCUCGGUCGCAGCACUGGCGCAGCUCGAAGGCCGGGUGCAUCUUGGCGACGACCCCUUCGAAAUCGAGUUGAACAUGGAGUUUCAAACUCCGAGAGUAAGGCGAAAGGUAGAUUGGUUUUUCCUGGACGGGUUCAUUCAGGCUUGGAUCGUCACAGCCCUCCGAGACGAGAAUAAUAUGCCCCAAUGCAACGCCCUGGAGAUCGCGGUCUACACACCGGGCGGCGGACACUUUGGCAGCUUGGCCCAGAUCUUUCUUCACCUGACGAACGUCGACGGAGGUGAUGGUGCCUCACUUGAAGAGUACAGGAUCCUCGUUGGCGACGUCCCGCCAGAUGUCCAGCCCUGGAAGAUGGAGCGAGUCGAGGCCCAGUGGAUUGGGGGAGCACCACCCAAUCCAUCCCUGCCCGGUAUCAUUACGAGCCCCGAGAUCACCAACGUCAACGAUACGAGGAUGAUGCGUUUUGUAAAACGGGAGAUGGAUCUCUUCGUCACCACCCAUCGUAAAUUCUGUUUCGAUUACAUCGCCACCUCAGAAGACAAGCUCACCCGAACCAGUUCUGGGAUUGGCUGUCUACCCCAAACGGCGUAA